AGUUGCUCAGGGUGAUGAGGACGAUUGAUGACAGAAUCGUCCACGAAUUAAACACUACGAUUCCUACAGCUUCAUUUGUGGGGAAAAUUGAUGCUGGCCAGACAUGUAAAGAGCUGUACCAGUCUUUGAUGGAUGCUCACACCAGCAGAGAGAAAAUCAUCAAAAACUGCAUCGCUCAAACUUCCAGUGUAGUGAAAACUCUCAGAGAAGAGAGGGAAAAGGCCCAGGAUGACUUAGCAUUAUUAAAGCAACUCAGGAAAGAGCAGACGAAGUUGAAAUUGAUGCAGUCGGAGCUGAACGUUGAAGAAGUGGUAAACGACAGAAGCUGGAAGGUAUUUAAUGAGCGUUGCCGAAUUCACUACAAGCCUCCGAAGAGUCAAUGAUGUGGGGUGUUUUCCAUCAAGGUGGUCCAUAACCAUGAGAGCCAAACUGGAAAGAGACCUUGGGUGAGCUGUAUUGGGACCCUCCAGAACCAAUAGAACCCAGUCUUGUUUUGUUUUGGACCCACUUAGCUGAAAUCUCAAGGUUGAAAUGAUUCUUCUGUAAUUAAGAGAAAACAACUCCUCUUUUGUACAAAAUAUGUGAAAAAUGAGUUUUAUAGAAUUAAAAUAAUUUUCAA